AUCGGUGGAGCUACCCGGAAGCUAAAUCAUGGAAAUCACUUGUUGUUAUUGUUAUCGAGCAGAAAGUAGCUCGUCUACUUGCUAGCUGUAUAUCAUAAUGAUCUUGUCAAGGCGGUUGUUUGUGUUCCAUUCAUUUGAUAAUCUUCUCUUAAAAAUCUAUAUUUUGGAACUGUAACUCAUUGCUUUGAUUUAGUUGUCUGACGUUCUGUCAAGUUCGUCUUGCUAGCUAGUUAGCUAACUUUAGUUCCGAAUGACAGGGACAGUCAUAUUUUCCAGGCUGUAUGAAGGCGUUUGAGAAAACGUUAGAACAACAUGGAUUGCACGGCACUGGAGCACGAUGGAGUUAAAUUUGCUAAAACUGCUGUCAUCUGCGACCAGAAUGGAAAAUACAACGAGGCUGUCUUCUAUUAUAAGGAGGCGGCACAAGCCCUGAUCUACGCCGGCAUGGCAGGGUCUAAACUGGAGGGCAUCCAGGAUAAAGUCAAUGAGUACCUGGACCGGGUUCAGGCCCUGCACAAUGCUGUUCAAGCUCAAAGUAGCGAUCCUCUGAAGAGCAAGCAGCAGGUGGAUCUGGAGCGGGCCCACUUCCUGGUCACCCAGGCCUUUGAGGAGGAUGAGAAGGGCAAUGGGGACGAGGCCAUCGAGCUCUACACACAGGCCGUGGAACUCUGCAUCCAGACGUCUAAUGAUACGACAGACCAGGGGCUGCAGGGCAAACUGAAGCAGCUGGCUCGUCAGGCCCUCGAUAGGGCGGAGGGGCUGAAGGAGUCCCAGUCCGCCAGUCCCUUAGCCCAGUCGCCACAGGACAGGCUGGGGCCCUCAGGGGCCAAACCUAGUGGGGGGCCUUGCCCCGUCAGACAGUCCUUCCCCCUUGGACCUGACUUCUCCCUCCAGAACCGUCCCCAGCCAGUCAGGCCGGUCCAGUCCAGCGAGCCUCAGGGUCAGCGCUACACCUCAGAAGAGAUCGAGGUGCUCAGGAGCACGUCCAAGAUCAACGGCAUACCCUUCGUCCCCUUCAUGAGCGUGGACCUGAAGGAGAGAUUUGCUUUUCCUGUUCCAUUCUCGGACAAACUAGGCAAGCUGGCCCUGUCUCCCAAGCAGAGAACCAUCUUCUCCCACUGGGUUCGCCCUGACGAGAUCUGCAAUAACCCCACCAUGAUCUUAUCUGUAUCCAGCUUCAGCAUCAAACAGACGGUGGUGUCUGACUGCUCGUUCGUAGCGUCGUUAGCCAUCAGCGCUGCCUAUGAGCGACGCUACAACAAGAAGCUCAUCACCAGCAUCAUCUACCCCCAGAACCGGCGCGGGGAGCCACAGUAUAACCCCUGUGGGAAGUACAUGGUGAAGCUUCACAUCAACGGUGUGCCCAGGAAGGUCAUUAUAGAUGACUUCCUGCCAUGUGGUCAGAAUGGAGAGCUGCUGUGUUCCUACUCCAGCAACAGGAACGAGCUGUGGGUCUCCCUCAUAGAGAAGGCCUACAUGAAGGUCAUGGGAGGCUACGACUUCCCCGGCUCCAACUCGAACAUCGAUCUGCACGCGCUCACUGGCUGGAUCCCAGAGCGUAUCGCCAUGCAUUCAGACAAUCAGUCAUUCAUCAAGGACGACACCUUCCGCAUGCUCUACCAGAGGUUUCACCGGGGGGACGUCCUAAUCACCACGGCAACAGGGGUGAUGACAGAGGAGGAGGGCGAGAGGUGGGGCCUUGUGCCAACGCAUGCCUACGCUGUCCUGGAUAUCCGGGAGCACAAAGGGAAGCGGUUCCUGCAGCUGAAGAACCCGUGGAGCCACCUGAGGUGGAAAGGCCGCUUCAGUGAACGGGACGAGCAAAACUGGACCCCAGAACUUCUUAAAUACCUCAACUUUGACCCCAAGACCGCACAGAAGUUUGAUAACGGCGUGUUCUGGAUCACGUUUGAGGACCUGUGCCAGUACUAUGAUGUCAUCUACCUGAGCUGGAGCCCCGCCCUGUUCAGAGAGUCUUCCUGUAUCCACAGUAGCUGGGAUGGGAAGCAGGGCCCGGUGAAGGAUGCCUACAGCCUGGCCAACAACCCUCAGUACCGGCUGGAGGUGACCUGUCCUGCAGGGGGCACCGCUGUCUGGGUGCUGCUGACCAGACACAUCACUGACAAGGAUGACUUUGCACAAAACAGGGAGUUCAUCACCUUGGUGGUUUACAAGACGGAGGGAAAGAAAGUUUACUACCCUGCGGACCCUCCCCCCUACAUAGAUGGGAUCAGGAUCAACAGCCCCCACUACCUGACCAAGAUGAGACUAACCAGCUCUGGAACACACACCUUCACACUGGUGGUGUCACAGUACGAGAAGCAGAACACCAUCAACUACACCCUGAGGGUGUACUCUGGAUGCAAGUUCUCCUUCUCCAAGAUCCCAACGCCCUUCACUCAUACCAAAAGGAUCAAUGGCCAGUGGAAGGGGCCGAGUGCGGGGGGCUGUGGGAACUACAAGGACUCGUACAAGCACAACCCAAUCUACCAGUUUAACCUGGAGCGCCCAGGACCCAUGCUCAUAGAGCUACGAGGCUCCAGGCAGUACAGUGUGGGCUUUGAGAUGGUGACCGUGUCCACUGUAGUAGAGACAGGACCUGCAGGCGUCCCGAAGAAGAACAGUGGAGACUACAGGUGUGGUUUCUGCUACAUGGAGGCAGACCAUGUCCCCGCUGGCAUCUAUAAUGUCAUCCCCACCACCUUCCUGCCCAAACAGGAAGGACCCUUCUUCCUGGACUUCAGCAGCACCAUGCCCCUAAAGGUCUCCCAGCUCCAGUAAGGAGAGGGGGGGAAGGAUUCAGGUGUGACACCAGGAAUAACUUGCUCACAACAUGGACACUCACUGUUCCCUAAACUCUGGGUGGAACUUGUUACAACUGCAGGAGAACCCAAAAGAGACUGAUUUAUUUUAUUAUUAUCAAGGGUAUUUGGAAAGGGACAAGUUUUUGGUAUGGAACCUAGCCCUCUAUGUGCUGAGGGGUGUGCAAGAACAUGUACCAAAAAAUGUAAACUAUCAGAGCUAAUGUUGGAGGUGCUUCCUUCCUCCUUUGCCAUAAUGACAGAUACAGUAAAUGAUGUCACAACAACUAUGGCCCUUCUGAUUUUCAAUGUUCAAUUACUUGGUGCUUGUUGACCGCCAGUCUAGGUACUCAAGAGGCAGUGCUGGUGUUUACCAAGAACGAAGUGUGAUGUUCUCAACUGCAACCGCUACUGUCUUUCCUCAGGAGACGGCACCACGACAGGGAUUUCUCUGUUGCACAGGAAUGAAGACUAAUCUGUGGCAUUUAUAAGGAUGCGUGACACAGGCAUGCAGGACGUGUGUGUGGUUGCAAAAUUCUAGGAACUUUCAAUAAAUUCCCUGGUUUUCCAGAUUCCUGGAAUCCUCCAACUGGGAUUUAGGGAAAACCAAGAAAUUUAUAAGUUCCUGGAAUUUUGCAUGUGUGUGUGUACUCACAUGGAAAACGACAUUUGAAACGUAUCGCCAAUCUUCAGUCUCUUGUUUACGCUUCAGCAAGGACUUGAACACUUCACAGCGGUUUCUCCUUCUCUGUUAACAUUUUGUCAAACAGGCAAGACUGCUAGUGGCUUUGUCAUUUUCUGGACAAUUACUGUAAAGUGUCAAUGCUAUACAGUCUUGUGGACAAGACCCACUUCUCAAACAUACUUUAUUUUUCACAAAGGAAAGCAUGGACUUACUAGAAGAGUCACCUGUACCAUGUAGACUUAUUUUGCAUGAGCAAAAUGGCUGCUCUUUGUCGUUUCAUUCUUCUUUACAUAGAAUUACAUUUCUGUUUUUCUUCCCCCUCCUGUGACUGUUAAAGGGCAACUAUUGCUGCUGUUGCCACUUAUGUCAUAUGCAAUAGUCUUGUAUGAUUUUGCUCAACUUGCACUAAAUGUGGAAUGAUGUAUUCGAA